CUUUGAUUCUUCAGAUUAUAAAGACACAGAAAAAAAAAUGAUUAUUUUUACAAACUGGGCAUUUGUACAAGAGCAGUCAAAAGCAUUCCUAACUCAGGAGUGGUGCAAUUCAAUAGCAGCAAUCCAAAUGGCAAUUGGACAAUUGGAAGGCUCAAUGCAACAAAAAUCAUGGGUGGAACAGACUCUCCCUGAGCGACCAUCUCCCCAAGGAGACCACUCCCCCACUGCAGCUGACUGGAUUCUUCUUUCAUACAGUAAUGGUGACCCUUACUCUCAGCAUUGUAAGCAGACUAAUCGCACAACCAAUAUCAUGAUUGUUUGUGAUCCUGUUAAUUUGAAGGGUAAAUUUCAGAUACUUGAAGAACGGAAAAAGAAAGAAACAGGUUACUGUUAUUAUCUAUUUGAGCUAAGCAGCAGCAUUGCAUGUACCAUAACUCCAGUGAAAAAAGGACUGAGUAGUGGCUCUAUAUUCUGUAUCAUCUUCUUUACUCUUAUUGGAAUAUACUUUUCUGUGGGCUUCUUGUACAAGCGACUGGUUAUUGGGGCAAAAGGAAUAGAGCAAGUACCAAAUUACUCUUUCUGGAAAGAUUUUGGAAAUCUUCAAGCUGACGGAUGUGAUUUUAUUUGUCGAUGUGGACCAAGACAUGAAGAACAUGCUUACAGAGGUAUUGAUGAUCAGUUACCCAAAGAAGAAGAUGAUCGUGAUGAUCAACUUUUAGCUAUGUGAACAGUGGAGUUGACAUUGGCAUCUUAUCAUUAAUGCUACCUUGGAAAGUUUCAACGGCAUUUAUGUUACAAAAUAUUAAACAUUUGUUUUAAGACAGUAUUACUAAUAGAAUUUCUGAAGCCGUUAUUUUUUACUUCAAAUACGUUAAAACACUGUAUCAGAUUUUUAAAACUAGGUGGGGCUGCACAUAUGUUAUUUCAACCCAUUACAUCCUGUUCUUACUAAAUUAAAUGAUACAGUGUCUAUUAUUAUCUGGAAGAAGUUUUGUUUCAUUAUGUGAAAAAUAAGAACUUAAAAAUAUAUGUAAUGAUUAUAUAACUUCAAUUGUUUUCAAAGAAAUUUCAACUGGUUUUCAGUAAUGAAUAAAAUAAAUCCUUGGUGUUAUGGCCUUUUUAUAGGUAAUGAAAUUCAAUAAUUUAAAUUUUCUUCAAAUAUCCUAAACUAAAUAAAACCACUUUGCUGGUUUGUAGCAUUUAAGGCAUUUUAAACUUCUAGUCCCUUAUCUUUGUGAUAAUAUGUUUGUAUAAGUGUUUGUGGUAAUUAUAUAAAUUGUAGUUUGGAAAGGUAUAUCUAUGAAUAGUAUCCUGCAAACAUUCAUGGAGUUUUUUAAAUUAAAAUAUGAUUCAUUGCAUAA